CUGGGCCUGGGCGGGGCGGGGGGACGGGGACGGAGGGGCCGAACCAGCCGGGCCCAGCGACUCAGGACCUCUAGGGAUGGGGGAGGGGAGAGUGACCCGGGACCCCUAGGGAUGGGGGAGGGGAGAGCGACCCGGGACCCCCAAGGAUGGAGGAGGGGAGAGCGACCCGGGACUCCUAGGGAUGGGGGAGGGGAGAGUUACCGGGACCCCUAGGGAUAGGGGAGGGGAGAGUGACCCGGGACCCCUAGGGAUGGGGGAGGGGAGAGUGACCCGGGACCCCUAGGGAUGGGGGCGGGGAGAGUGACCCGGGACCCCUACGGAUAGGGGAGGGGAGAGUGACCCGGGACCCCUAGGGAUGGAGGAGGAGAGAGACCCCUAGGGAUGAGGGAGGGGAGAGCGACCUGGACCUGUAUGAGUGGGGGACGGGAGACUGACUUGGAACCCCUAGGGAUAGGGGGUGAGAGUGACCCAGGACCCAUAGCGAAGGGGCAGGGGAGUGACCCGGGACCCCUAGGGAUGAGGGGAGGGGGCAGAGUGACCCAGGACUCCUAGUGAUGUGGGAGAAAAGAGGGACUUCAGUCUUCUAGGGAUGGAGUGGGUCCUAGUGGCUGAAAGUUGGCUUUGCAGGUGGCCUGUGGGAAGUGUUUUUUGGAACCCUGGGUGGGGGAGAUUUGAUUGUGGGUGCUAGGCGCCUAGGCAGUGGGUGUCUGCUUCUUCUGGAAGCCUAAUCACAUGGCGGAGAGCACUGGAGGGGAGAAGACUGGUUUGUUCCCGGUCUUUAUUUUGGAGGGCUUCCAGCCAUCCCCCGUUGAAACAUCUAGUUUUUCAUUCAUAGAGCUAUGAGAAAGCACAGCUUAGGUUUCAGUGGUUUUCAGUUAGAACAAAUGGCAAAAAGAAAAAGGAAAAAAACCUGAAAACAUUACUUUGAAGGCUUGUAGCCAGAAGAAUUAGAAUUGAAUACAAACUGGAGAAAAUAAUAAAAACCAAAAACCGCUAGACAAGACCAGAAUGUAACAGCAGGUGUGACGACAGGCUUUGAAACAUAAUUUUUCUCUUUCCAGUUUUAUUGAAAGAAUAAUUAUGGUAAGACUGCUUUGCUUUAUUUUUAUUUUAUUUUAUUUUAUUUAUUUAUUUAUUUAGACACGGAGUUUCGCUCUGGUUGCCCGGACUGGAGUGCAGUGGUGCAAUCUCGGCUCACUGCAACCUCCACCUCCAGGGUUCAAGCAGUUCUCCUCCUCAGCCUCCCGAGUAGCUGGGAUUACAGGCACCUGCCACCACAACCGGCUAAUUUUUGGGCAGGCUGGUCUCGAUGUCUUGACCUGGUGAUCCACCCGCCUCGGCCUCCCAAAGUGCUGGGAUGACAGGCGUGAGCCACCGUCCCCGGCCAUGGUGUCUGCAUCCCCAUGGCAGGAAGGAGAAGGGAGGAGUACAGACCCCCACCCCGGGCUGGAAGGAUUUCCCUCCAAGUCUGUGUCCCCACACGUGGCCCAGAAUGGCUGCUGUGGCACCGGCCAUUGCGUGAACGUUACUUCUGCUCGAUAGAGCUUUGGAGGGUGGUCAGGGUUCCAUCGGCGCCGGGACGACCCGGCCGCACAGCAGGCAUUUGCUUCCGCGGCGCGCUGGCCCAAGAGCUGGUCCGGGAGAACCCGCAUCUGCAGGUGACCGUGUUCGACCUCCCCGAAACCAUCGAGCUGGCCGCACACUUCCAACCCGCCGGGCCGCAGGCGGCUCAGGUCCGAUUCGCUGCCGGGGCCGGCCUGCUGCUGGUGGAGACACUGCUGGACGAAGAGAAGAGGGAGGCCCGGGUCGCCCUGCUGCAGUCGCUGAACAUGCUGGUGCAGGUGGGGGGCAGGGAGCGGAGCCCGGGCGAGUACCAGCGCUUGCUAGAGCAACACGGCUUCUGCCAGGUGCAGGUGGCACACUUGGGGGGUAUCCUGGAUGCCAUGCUGGCCACCAGAGUGGGUCCCUGAAACCCAGGCAGCGUGCUCAUGAUAGGGACACCCUCCCGCAGGCUGCAGGGGGCCGCCCCAUCCCCAGCUGCCACAGGACAGUCACACAGGAACAUGCAGUCGUGGGUGAAUAAAGAAAGCGAAAGCCUG